AGGGAGCGGGCGGAGGAGGAAGUGUCAUGGCGUCGGGCCGUGGAGGUUCUUCUCGCUGGUUCUUUACUCGGGAACAGCUGGAAAACACGCCGAGCCGCCGCUGCGGAGUGGAGGCUGAUAAAGAACUCUCGUACCGCCAGCAGGCGGCCAACCUCAUCCAGGACAUGGGACAGCGUCUCAAUGUCUCUCAGCUUACUAUAAACACUGCGAUUGUUUAUAUGCACAGGUUUUAUAUGCACCAUUCUUUCACCAAAUUCAGUAGAAAUAUAAUAUCACCUACUGCAUUAUUUUUGGCUGCAAAAGUGGAAGAACAAGCUCGAAAACUUGAACAUGUUAUCAAAGUAGCACAUGCUUGUCUUCAUCCUCUUGAGCCACUGCUGGAUACAAAAUGUGAUGCUUACCUUCAGCAGACUCAAGAACUGGUUUUACUUGAAACCAUAAUGCUACAAACACUAGGUUUUGAGAUCACCAUUGAACACCCACACACAGAUGUGGUGAAAUGUACCCAGUUAGUAAGAGCAAGCAAGGAUUUGGCACAGACAUCCUAUUUCAUGGCUACCAACAGUCUACAUCUUACGACCUUCUGUCUUCAGUACAAACCAACAGUGAUAGCAUGUGUAUGCAUUCAUUUGGCUUGCAAAUGGUCCAAUUGGGAGAUUCCUGUGUCAACAGAUGGAAAGCAUUGGUGGGAAUAUGUGGAUCCUACAGUUACUCUAGAAUUACUAGAUGAGCUAACACAUGAGUUUCUACAAAUAUUGGAGAAAACACCUAGUAGGUUGAAGAGGAUUCGAAACUGGAGGGCUAAUCAGGCGGCUAAGAAACCAAAAGUAGAUGGACAAGUUUCAGAGACACCACUUCUUGGCUCAUCUUUGGUCCAGAAUUCAAUAUUAGUAGAUAGUGUCACAGGUGUGCCUACAAACCCAAGUUUUCAGAAACCAUCUACGUCAGCAUUCCCUGCACCGGUACCUCUAAAUUCAGGAAAUUUAUCUGUUCAGGACAGCCAUACAUCUGAUAAUCUGUCAGUGCUAGCAUCAGGAAUGCCCAGUACCUCAUAUGGUUUGUCAUCACACCAAGAAUGGCCUCAGCAUCAAGAAUCGACAAGGACAGAACCGAUUUAUUCACAGAAACAGGAGACAUCUUUGUCUGGUAGCCAAUACAACAUCAACUUCCAGCAGGGACCUUCAAUAUCACUGCAUUCAGGAUUACAUCAUAGAACUGACAAAAUUUCUGAUCAUUCUUCUGUUAAGCAAGAAUAUGUUCAUAAAGCAGGGAGCAGUAAACACCAUGGGCCUAUUUCUGCUACUCCUGGAGUAAUUCCUCAGAAAAUGUCUUUAGAUAAAUAUAGAGAAAAACGCAAGCUAGAAACUCUAGAUCUUGAUGUAAGGGAUCAUUAUAUAGCUGCCCAGGUAGAGCAGCAACACAAACACAUGCAGUCACAGGCAGCCAGCAGUUCUGUAACUUCUCCUAUUAAAAUGAAAAUUCCCAUCACAAAUACUGAAAAACCUGAAAAAUUCAUAGGAGAGAAAAAGGAAAAAAGUGGAUCACUAAAAUUACGGAUUCCAAUACCACCCACUGAUAAAGGCACUAGUAAGGAAGAACUGAAGAUGAAGAUAAAAGUUUCAUCCUCAGAAAGACACAGCUCUUCUGAUGAAGGCAGUGGGAAGAGCAAACAUUCAAGCCCACAUAUUGGCAGAGACCAUAAGGAAAAGCACAAGGAGCAUCCUGCAAACCGUCACCAUGCAAGCAGUCACAAGCAUUCCCACUUACAUAGUGGCAGCAGCAGCAGCAGCAGUGGCAGUAAACACAGUGCUGAUGGAAUACCACCCACUGUUUUGAGGAGUCCUGUUGGCCUGAGCAGUGAUGGCAUUUCCUCUAGUUCCAGUUCUUCAAGGAAGAAGCUGCAUAUCAAUGAUGCCUCUCACAACCAUCACUCCAAAAUGAGCAAAAGUUCCAAAAGUUCAGGUAGUUCAUCUAGUUCUUCCUCCUCUGUUAAGCAGUAUAUAUCCUCUCACAACUCUGUUUUUAACCAUCCCUUACCCCCUCCUCCCCCUGUCACAUACCAGGUGGGCUACGGACAUCUCAGCACCCUCGUGAAACUGGACAAGAAGCCAGUGGAGACCAACGGUCCUGAUGCCAAUCACGAGUACAGUACAAACAGCCAGCAUAUGGACUACAAAGACACAUUCGACAUGCUGGACUCGCUGUUAAGUGCCCAAGGAAUGAACAUGUAAUCAUUUGUUUAGGUCAAUUUUUCCUUUACUUUUUUAAUUUAAAAAUAGUUAAAGUGGAAAACUUCCUCCUGAUCUAGCAGUGGUAACACCUGCUGUUGCUGCCACUGCUUCAAUAUUUGUAAGUGCUGCUUUAUUCUUCAUUCUGAAAAGAAGAGAUUAUAGUAAACAAGUCUUUAUCUCCACAUAUGAUAGUGUUUAUAAAUACUGUAAAAGCAUGGAAGGUGCAAAACUCAGUAUUUCUACAAUUGCAGCUAAGAACAUUAGGAUGAAUGGCUGGCUGCUUCUAGGAAUAUAAGAUGCCUCAAGCAUCCAUUAUUUAUAAUUUGAAUACUGUAGCUAUUUUUUUGUUGCUUGGCUUUUGAAUGAGUGUAAAUUGUUUUCUUUUGUGUAUUUAUACUGUAUGUAUGAUUUGCAUGUUUCAAUGAUAAAGGGAUAAAACAGUAUGCUGACAACUGUUUACAAGAAAGUGGAGAAAAAUGUACAUACAUUUUUGUAUGUUUAGAUAUUACCAUAAAUACUCAGGAUUGGAGCUGCUUGUAAGUAUAACAAUAUACAGAAUAACUUUAUUUUCUCUUGUCAGAGUCCAUCACUAACCUAAAACAAAGGUGGCACUUUUUCAUGUUAACCUUAAACUCUAGGCCUUACUGGAAGCCAUUAGAGGGGGACACUUCACUACCGGAUGGGUAUGCAGUGCCACAGAUGGUCUACACUGUGAGGCACUCAAUUUUUGCCUUCAGAGGUUCUGACCAGAUUGGCUGCUGAAAUAACCCCUAAUUUUCUGAAGGCUUGAAGAGGAAAAAAUAAAGUUUACAUACUCUUGAUGUGAAGUGCAUUUAAGUGUUUGUUGGCUUGUUGCAGUACUACAAAACAGCUAUUAAUAAUGGAUAUGUGGAUUACUGUGAUUUGAAAACUAAAUUCACAAAAACUUACCUAGUGAAGAAGUUUUUCCUUAAAGAACUUUUAACACUACAUAUUUUAACAGUAAACAAGGAUCACUUUUCCUUUAGCAUUCAGAAUGACACCAUAUUCUUAAAUAUACUCCUCCCCUGAAGUGUGUCUGUGUGUGAUGCCAUAUUUUUUUCAGGUAAAUGCAGUCUUCCUUAUAAAAAUGAAAUGAAACCUAUGCUCUCUUAAUUAUUUUAUAUUCUAACAAUAAAAAGAUCACUGACUGUGCAUUGUACCUGUACUUAUAGCUUAUGAUUGUUAUCAGAAAGUUCUGUAAGAAAAAGAAAAAAAACUUCAGUCUCCAGUCAAACCACUCUAGUGGAGGUUUUAUAUUUGUUUGCACAUCUCAGUAUAUUCCUGUUGAGGUAAAGUUUGCACAGUCAUCUGACUCCUGAUUGAAUAAUAGACUUUAACAUGGUUAAAUUUUGUCUUAAAACACCAGUAGUAUGGCUCUUGUUUAUUGGCUAAUCUUGAAUUUAUUCUGUGGUAUACCUUCGAGCUGUUUAGUAUCUUUGAGAUGGGUUGGAUUCAACUUCUGUUGAACGGAAAACUGUCUUAAUUUUUCCUCUGUGUAUAUGAAUUAUUUUUGUUACAAAGCCACUGAUAUGUGCACAAUUGUAAUUUUACUCAAAAAUCUUGUGGUUGUAAAUAUUAAGAGUUUAAUCUUGUGCUCUACUUUUAUUUAGCAGUUACCUUAUUUGCCAGUAGCUUAUAAUUUUUUUAAGAUAAUUGUUAAUUAUUUUUGUCAAUGUUAUUUGAACUUGGGAAACUAGCAGCCUCUUUGUAGGGACUUUGCCUAGCUAGCAUGUCCACAUUUGUUAUUGUCUUGCAUAACUUUAGUAAUCUUUGUCAUUAUAUGUAACUUUGUUGCUCUGUAUGGCAUAAUAUUGUAUCCAUAAACAUGGUAAUUUUGAUACAGUUAUACUUUUACAGUGGUACAUAAUCCAAGGACUAGUAUAGAAUUAAGCUGAGUGCAAGAUGAGGGAGGGAAGGGUUUUUGUUCUUGGUAAUUUUAGAUGUGAAACCUCUACAGAGCUAUCAUGUGAAAUGACAUAGGGUGGUUGUGCUACUGUAUAAUUGGGGAUAAAACCAGGAAUUUUAAUAAGAUUUUGUAAAGAAUAUCCAGAAGAGUAGUGAAUUUAUUUUCAGUAUAGCAUAGGAAACAAUGUGAAUAUUUAAGGUCUGUGACUGUAGUUAAACUUCACUAAGAAUUUGCAGAAUUGUUUUGAGAUGUGGGAAUAAAGGUAAUUUUGUUGAAUCUUUAUUGGUGCUAAUGAUGGACAGUUAAAAAGAUAGCUAGUGUAUAUUGUUAUGGGUCAGUACUUAUUAGUACUUCCAAAAUUGAAUUUGAAAUGCUAUGUAUUUACUUUUCACUCUGUAAAUGUAAUUCUUUACAAUGACUUUAUUUAUUAAAGGGCAGCCGGUUGUGAUUUUUACAGGAUCGUGUGAGCUAUUGAAACUCUUUAACCUCUGAACAGGAUAUUAAGCUUCCAGAACCACAAUGGGGAUAAAUGUGGAAAUCUUUUUAAGUUUAUUUCCAUUAAACAAAAAUCUUAUAAUUCAUAUUAUUGUGAAUUUGCUUUAACCAAAUUGUUUGCAUAAAAUAGUUCAUCUGCCUGGUCCCAUUAGGCUCUACCAAAGAAAAAGACUCAGACAAAUGGACAUUAAUACCAUGAGUCUUCUUGUAAGUAGCCAUAAAUAAACCAAAAUAGUAUCAGAUUUAGGUAUGAAUUCCACAUGUGCAAAGUACUGUUAAGGUGAUACGUUUUUUAUGAAAUUUUUAAAAAUAUUUGAAAUAUUAAAAAGCAUUAUCUUCAAACAUCUUAUAUAAGAGUGAUUCAUUUUUAAGUUGUGUUUUCCCCAGAUCACAGAUUUGUUACCUUUAUACAAAAGCACAUUACAAACAAAAGCUUUACUUCUACCUCUGACCCAGUUUUCCAAUAUUGUUCUGUGCCCCCAUGAAUAUUUGCCUUAGCUACUCUAUGGUGUUUUCAGAACCAAAGCAAAGGAAUAUUUGUUCAUAUUCAGGAGUGUCUGACAUACUCUUUAGGUAGGUCAAUAACAUCUCAGAGGCCUACAUUAUAAAAUCACUGGUAAUACUCAUUAGUGAUUGAGACCUUGCAGAGUCUCUGAGUUGCCUGUAUUUAAAUCCUGAAAAGUAAUGGCAUUUGUCCUAGGUUUUCUUUUUGAAAGCAUUUGCAACAUGUGUGAAUUAGUUCAGGUUAUUCACAGUUGUUGAAAGAAAAUUUCUACAGGAUGUAUGUUUUUUUGGAUGUCAUUAGGGGAUGCUUAUGUUACUUUGUACCAACAGAUUUUAAUAAUAUAGGAUUCCUUAUCUUUGGGACCUGUCUAUCUUCUUUGAAUUAAAGAAGUUACUUAUUGAGGUCCACUUUAGAUAACCAGAGUGAGAUGUUUUUGUUAGUUAACAAAUACCUUGCCUUAAAAGGUUUCAAGCACAUUUUCAUUUAUAUUUGAGAAUUUAAAUUGCUGGUAUUUAUUCCUUAACCAACUUUAGAAAUAAACCAUUGCUUAUAAGUUGUGAAUAUUAUUAUACAAUACAUAUUCUUAGAGAUUUUAGUGGUUUUCAUUUUUGGAAAUACUUUUUAUUUUUUCAAACAUGGUAACUUGUAAAGGAAGACAGUUAUGUUCAUUAGAUUUUACUGUUCCCAGUUUUAUCUUAAUGAAAAGCAAUAUUUCUCACCUAUUGUGCUUAACUUGCUAUGUGAUUUUUAGGGUUUUUUUUUUUGCUAAGCAAUUUUUGAAAAUUCUUGUUAUAAAGGAUCCUUGACUUAGUAUUUCUCUUGAUUUAGCAGUUUCUCCCUCGGCCGACUUCCUUGGGAGACAGUAGGAAUUCACUAACCAAAUUUACACAGAUGAAGGAUCAGCAACCCUCUGGGGCAACUUGAAGUUACAGCUUAAGUUUUAUGUGCCCAUAUAUUUAAGAGAGGCUGGUUUUUAAACACUGGAAAAGCACAUUAUGCCCCUGUCCUCCUAGGCUACUGUUACGAUACUAGUAUGUUAAUUUGAGAAUUUGCGGAUACAUUUAUAUCUAAAGUUGAAGGACAAUUUGAUUGUUAUAAGUUCACAGAUGUAAGCCAAGCCAGAAGUUUGCUUGUUUUAUAAGAAGUUUGCCUGAAACAUGUAUCUUUACAAUUGAAGUAAAGUUGCCAGUGCUCACUA